AUGGAUAAUAACCAGAAGAGCAUCAAGGAUCUUCCUCUGGAGUUGUUCCAAGCAAUCUUAUUGAGGGUGCAAGCCAAAGAUCUAUUCCGUCUCAAGUUUGUUUCUAAGCUAUGGUUUUCUCUCAUCUCCGAUUCAAACUUCGUGGAAUUACAUCUUCACCACUCUUCCGGAUUCGCCCCUUCAUUCUUCUUCAACAAGAACAAUGAGGAGGCUCGCUUGGUUGACCUACAUGCACUAUACAACGAAGACGAAGAAAUUCUUCAUGCUGCAAUAAAAGAUGUCCCUCUCCCUUUUGGGAAUAAUAAGAAGGAACGAGACUCCUACUAUUUUGUUGUUCCUGGAUCCUGCAGAGGAUUUGUAUUCUUGCACCGUGAACCGGGUUUUAUUAUCAUAUGGAACCCAGUGACUGGAUCCUGCAAAAAAAUAUCUUACGGUUAUAGUAUUAAAAAGGAUUCGAUUCUGUAUGGUGUUGCUUAUGAUGCAUCAAAUGAUGAUUAA